AUGGAGGCCGUCAAGAAACAAAGGAAAGCCAUGCGGACGGCCUUCACGAAGGCAUUGAAUGCCUUUAUAGUCAAAAUGGAGAGCGACUGCACAAAUAAAGAGAAGAUCGUGGCGUUUCAGUUUCUAGAAACUAAGAUGUCGGAUUUAGACGCAGUCCACACAGCAUAUAAUCAAAAGCUGUUUGAGUCCGAUCUAGAAGAAGCUGACAUUAACAAGGAAUUGGAGACGGACGACGCUUACAAGACUCAGUUCUUAAUGGCGAAGUUAAAGAUAACGAGGAUAACGACGCCGACGGAACACGCAACAAGAACGACGUCGUCGAACGCCAUGAAAACGUCGAAAUUCCCCAAGCUAGAAUUGCCAAAGUUUAGUGGUCAUAUCAAAGAUUGGCUUCCUUUCUGGAGCCAAUUCAGAAAAAUCAACGAUGAUCAGUCUAUCAAUAACGAAGACAAGAUGCAGUACUUGCAGCAGGUGAUGGUCGCGGACUCGCGCGCACACGAGCUUGUGAAAAGUUUCUCGCCUACGGGAGAAAACUACGACAAGGCGAUCACAAGUUUGAAGAAUCGUUUCGGAAGAGACGACAUCGUCGUAGAAUUUUAUGUACGUGAGCUACUUAGCCUUGUGCUGCAAAACGCCGUAAGGGGAAACAAAAAAUUAUCUCUCGCAAGCAUCUAUGAUAAAGUCGAGUGUUACAUCCGUGCAUUGGAGACGCUGGGCGUGACAACGGAUAAAUGCGCCGCUAUGCUGUAUCCUCUUGUCGAGUCGUCUCUUCCGGAAGAGGUCCUUCGAGCGUGGCAACGCAGCGGACAACGGGAAGUAAUGGAGGCCAACGGACAGCGUGAAACCACCGAUCGUCUCGAAAAACUUCUCAAAUUCCUACAGCUGGAAGUGGAAAACGAGGAGCGCAUCGACAUGGCGUUGACCGGAUUUGGGUUACCGACGGACCAGGAAAGAACGAAGAAGGCGAAAGGUAAAACAGAACCGUCAAAGGAGGCAGCCAGCGCGAGCGUUCUUUUAGUAGCGAAAGACUCAAAGAAACCGGACUGCAUUUUUUGUAAAUCGAGCCACGACAGUCAGAGUUGCGAAUCCGCGCGUAAACUAACAUUAGACGAACGAAAAGAGACUGUUAAAAGAGAGGGCUGUUGUUUUAAUUGUCUGAAACGCGGACACGUUUCUCAAAAAUGUAGAGUCAAGACGAAAUGUGACUGGUGUUCGAAACGACACGUUUUAUUAAUGUGCCCGGGCAUAUUUCGCAAUGAGAACGUUGUAAAUAAACCGGACGAUACCAGUGAGAAAAAGGCCGUUGACGAGCACAACUUAGCUUCGUUUUGUGUGACACAUGAUGUUUGUUUACAGACGCUUCGAAUAAAACUGUACUCUGCGACGCGAGAAAAAAUUGUAAGAGCGAUUAUCGACACAGCGUCACAACGGUCGUAUAUCCGUACUGACAUCGCGCGAGAAUUAGGUUACGUUUCUCUCGGAGAAAUAGAAGUUUCGCACGCAUUUUUCGGCGGAAUUAAAUCGGAAAAGGAAGUUCAUAACAUGUAUAAGAUACGCGUUAGAGGUUUAGAUAAUUCAUACGCCUGUAAUUUCUCAGCGAUGAAUCAGAACACUAUCUGCGGCCCUAUCUCGAGCAUUAAAUGUGAUUCCUGGGUAAAUGAAUUGCGAACUAAGAAUAUUAACUUAACAGAUAUCGGAAAUCAAAGCGAUUCUAUAGAUGUUCUUAUUGGCGCGGACGUGGCUGGUAAGUUGCUAAUCGGUCGAAAACAUGAUAUGAAAAACGGAUUAACGGCCCUGGAAACACAUUUAGGCUGGACGGUAAUGGGAAAACUGCCAAAGAAAUGUGAGAGAACUGACGCAGCAAUGAUAAUCACGACGAUGUUUGUGCAGGAGGUCGAUCUAAGUGAUUUGUGGCGUCUCGACGCUAUCGGUAUUACAGAUCCGAUCGUGAAAACGGACAAGGCGGUAAGAGACGAACGGACGCGAGAAUUUCUAAUAGAGACCGCUAAACUAAACACGGACGGUCGGUACGAGGUCAGAUUGCCGUGGGCAGAAGAUCGAGUACCCGUUUCUAGCAAUUCGAUAUCGCGCGAAUGGCUGGCGGAGGGAAUUAUCGAAAGGGUGCCCGACGCAGAAAUCAAUAAACAGAGCCAUUAUUUACCUCAUCGGCCGGUGGUGAAGAUGAAUAGUACGACAAAAAUAAGACCCGUAUUUGAUGCUUCGGCUUGUAAAAAAGGUCAUCCGUCCUUAAAUCAGUGUUUGGAAAGGGAUCCUAAUUUAAUUGAAUUAGUACCGUUAGCUUUAAAUAAAUUUCGAGAAAAGGAAAUCGGGAUAGUAUCUGAUAUAAAAAAGGCGUUUUUGCAAAUAACUAUAAACAAAAUAGACCGAGAUUAUUUGCGUUUUUUCUGGAUCAUAAAUGGAGAGAUCGUAGUCCUGCGUCACUGUCGAGUGGUUUUCGGUCUAGCCUGUAGUCCCUUUUUAUUGGCAGCAAUUAUUGAGCUCCAUCUGUCGACAUAUUUGAAGAAUGGAAACAGAUACUGUAGAUCCGCAGACAAAUUGAAAAAGUCAUUUUAUGUCGACAAUUGCGUCACGAGCGUAAAUUCGAAAGAGGAGAAAGAGACAUUCGUAUCGGAAGCCACGGCAAUUAUGAGGGCGGGCGGUUUCGAACUUCGCGGCUGGGAAAGUUCAUAUGACUCAUUAGAAAACGAAACAACCUUUGUCCUCGGAAUUUUGUGGAAUAAAAGAGAAGAUACCCUAUCGAUCAAUCCGACAAUGUUAAAUUUCAAUAGUUCAGACGUUAUAACGAAAAGGAUAAUUUUGUCCGCGGCUCACAAAAUCUUCGAUCCUAUCGGUUUCACAAGCCCCACGUCUUUAUUACCGAAGCUGUUGCUUAAAGAAUUAUGGGCGGAAAAAAUCGAUUGGGACACCAGGGUCGACGAGAAUUAA